AUGCCGUACCUUCAUUUCGAAAGCACCCGGCGGCGAAAAGAGAUGCAAGAAGCGAUUAAACGAGCAGAGAACAUGCGAUCGCCCCUCUGUCCAAACCUAGGCAAGGCACGGACGUAUGACGAGAUGUUGAUUCGUGCUCAUCUGGCAACUUCAACUGCUUCUCUCCACGUUCGCCGCACAUUAGAUCAGUUCUUCUAUCACAAUAUCGAUACUGAGAGUCGAGACCAAGACCAGGUAGUCUACCGAUAUCAAUUGAAAGGGAAAGAUCAUGAAGACCCAGAGGUUGACCCCAAGAUUGUCAUGGUUGACCAACUAUGGAUGUGGAUACUUGGGAAGGACUUAAUCGUCACCAGCUUCCCUCAGCGCUGGCAGCAACCUAAGAACGAUCCCUUGAAUGUUCUUGAUAGUGUUAUAGAAGAUAUCAACAGCAAGACUCGGGAGCCUGUCAAAUCGGUCUAUGACUUGGCCAUGAUUAUCACAGGGCGUUGCACUGGUGUUUUUGAUCGACACCAGAUGGGAGAUAACGAAUACCAAUUUCUAGAUAUGUUUGAAUCCAGCAUCGGUAGCGCCACGGAUCGAGAGACGAUCUUAUUUAAAGAGUUCAAUGCCGCAUCAGCACAAGCAUCGAUCUGGCUCCAGCAUCACCGGCGAUCCCACGGCUUCUCUCGGUUUAUCGAGCACGGCACGACCGAAGCGGAGAUCAAGCAGGAAGCAAAUUAUAUGAAUUGGGACGCCGAAGAAGAAAAAUUCAAGCUCGAGGAAUUAAUGCGUAAUCCCCCUUUCAUCGACAAACUCCUCGAUAUAGGUCAGGAAACUGAUCUACUCGCCGAAACAAAAGAUAUUCGUGACGAACUGAACAUGAUUGCCAAAGUCCUCGAUGAUCAGAAGAAUGUCUUACCCGAUCUUCAAGAUGCAGUGUGCGAAAUAUACCGCGACGAACAGAAAUCGCAGCAGGAAGUGAAGAAGCGGUUCCGAGACCAGCUGAAAAUGAUAGAGAUGCAUCUCAAAGACAUAGAUCGCAUGGACCGUCAAGCAGAACGCAUAUACAAAUCCAUAACCGAUAUGCUGGACCUCAAACAGAAGCACGCCAAUGCCUUCGAAGCUCGCUUUGCACGCGAUCAGGCUGCUGGUACUGCCAGACAGAGCCAGACCAUCAUGGUGUUCACCAUUGUCACUAUUAUAUUCUUGCCACUUAGUUUCAUAGCUGCCUUCUUUGCCAUCAAUAUCCGCGAAUUCCCUAGAGAAGAGAGUGGACCGAGUCUACCGCUGAGGUAUGUUAGUAAAUACAUGUUUGGGAUUGGUUUCGCUGUCUCGAUACCGCUCAUCGCUAUAGCUCUCAGUCUCGACGACAUCGGACACCUUCUUAGAAGAGCACGCCGAGCUUUGAGUCAGCGACGAUUGAGGAAAGAGAGGGCUAGUCAGCCAGGAGAGGGGAGUCUGGAUAUGUUGGCAUUUGCGCAGGCAAUGAGUAUUGCAAGGAGUACGAGGAAGAGUGUUGAGACGGAGUGGAUUAGAGAGAGGCUUUCGACGAGUACAAGACCGCCUCCUGUCGUGACCAGGCCUGAAAUAAGACAGACGGCUACUGGAUUUAAGAUGAGGAGGGUCAGUGGGGAUUUGGAAAGAGGGACUCAGAUGAGAGACCAGGCUGCGGGAAAGUUGACAUAA